UUUCUCAGUCCUGGCCAUGUGGACAUCUAAUUCCUCCUAUACAUUAUGCCUGGCCUAUCACUCCUGGUCUGAGCUCACAGAGGUUCCUAUGGUUCCUGGUGUCCAGAGACAGAGUCCUGCCAGGGUGAUUGUUGUAUGAGAUGUUAAUUAGUACCCCCACCCCCACCCCCUUUGUUCAGUGAUUUGCUAUGGAUGCCUCCUGUUGAAUAGGAAUUCCUGACGUACACUCCUGUGACUUGAACCAUCACAUUAAUACCCCUGUGGAGCCACAUAAUAAUCUUGUAAUUGGUAUUAACCCCUCAUUGUACAAUCCACAUAUUUACAGAUUUUGAACUUCAGAGUGGAAGGGACUAGACAAUAAUACUGCAUCAAUCCUGUUUGAUACUGUGUGGUAUCAGAUAUUUUCACCUUUGAGAGAGGAUUUAGUGUGAUGACAGAAAGGUACCUCAUGAUUGACAGGAGGGGGCUUGCAUAUUUCUGAAAGGGAGGAGACAAACUGCCCUGCUGAUCUGGCGGGCUGUACAUUGUCUUCUCAUCACACACUUUCUUCUGUCUCUUCACUUUAUCAACAGUGUCUAAACUCCCUCAAACAUUCGGUCACCGAAUGUGGUUUCCAGGUCCACUGAUGCUUUAUGAAUAGUUCUAAAACGAUUUACCCAAGUUUUUGUGCUGUCCUAGAGACAAUAAAAGAUAAAUUUGGAAGGCUAUGGCUCACUCACAGUCCUUUGAUUUGCAUAUAGAAGCUUCCUCCUCAUGUGAAAACUGAAGCUUUAGUCUUAAAGGGAAAGAAGAGUAGUUCAAUCUGGAACAAUCUGAGUGACCAUGGCCUGGGAACAAAGAUUUAGGUUAUCCAAAAUAACAUGCUCCAACAUGGAAACAGUUUCGUGGGUUUACAGAAAAAAAUUAUUAAUCAAGGCAAAUUUAAAAUAUAUUGGUGGGUACCCAAGAGAGGCAGGUACUAUGAGAUGGGGGACCUAGUCUAUUUAAGAUACUAUCUGGUGACAUUCUUGGCUUUUGGGUUGAGGGAAGCUAAUGUUCUGCCAAGUCAGUGGAUUCUAAAAGUUUCUUAUCUAUUGUCAGCAGCUAUUUGGUCCACUACAGAUUAUUGCAAAGAAUGAAUGUUUCUGAAGGGUAAAAGUAAACCAAGAUAAGGUAACUACUCUUUGAAUCUGCAAAAUUCCAGUCUCUCCACAGUUCUGAAAUUCCACAUGGUCCAUCAGUCUCAGCAGACACAGACUCCUUCCAAGAGUUUUUCACUCACAGUCAGACAAUCCUCUUAUCAGUAAUUUUCCUCCACAGCCCCUCCCCAUCUCAUGUGCUCUUGCAUAUAUCACCCUCUUCAGUCUAACCAGUGUUUGUGCUGGAGACUGGCUUAUGACAUUGAAGUCUACUCUUAAGAAACACGGGCUUCAAACCACUUUGUCCUAUCUACUAGAAUUCUCAAUGAGUUUCUAACCAUAUAUAAAAUAAUAGACACUUCUUAGUUAAUGUCUCUAAUGUGUAGGGAAAAUAGUAACAUUCUGUGAGGUGGGAAAAGCACACUGCCUUGUACAACAAAAUAGCUUCCUUAUGAUGUAGAGACAAUACAGCACCAUGCUCACAUAUAUCCUACAGGCCCCAAAUAUUUAUAUAUGUAUUUUGAAUUGAGCAUCUGCUGUGGCACAUCCCUGUCAUCUCUACAUUUCAAGCAAUGAGGAAACCCCAGAGUUCAAAGUAAUUCACUGCUUCCUAGCAAAUUCAAGGAUAGCCUAGGCUACAUUUUCUGCUCUUGCAUUAAAACAUUUUGGUCAGUGAGUCCAAUGAUACUUUUCAAGUGCAAUGGCAUGUUUUGAGUUGAAAAGUCUGACUCAAUUUGUCUGGCAGACUCUAUCAAAAACUGUAUUCAGUUGUUUUUUUGUUUGUGGUAUGUUGACAGCAAAAGAAAGGAAUAAUCCUGAGAAGCAUGGGUUCGGAUCAUUUUCAGCUUUGGAGUUGAAAUUUCUGUCACUGAGUCCAAGGACACUUUUCAACUUCCAUAGUUAUGUCCGUCCAUAAUUAGUGCCCCAGUGUUCUCCCCAGUUUCCUUCAUGAAGUUGUAUAUAUCCUGAAUUCUCUGUGUUGGUACCCUACUGUGUCCCUGCAGGGGUGUUUGUGACCUUCAUGGACAGUAAAAUAACUAGGCAGGGGAAGCAGGAAGGUGGUUCUGCCCAACAAAAUUCAGUAGCAGGUGUUGAUUCAAAUGUCAGGAGUGUGACCUCUAGGUCUUUAUUUUAGACACAUUUAUGCACAAGCACAAUUAGAUGAAAAUUCUUCUGGUGAUAAUUAGCUCAACCCUGUAUUCACAACAAAGCAUACUUUGAGGAACAAAGUAACCUAAAUACAGAUCAUAGGUGACUACAAGGAUAAAGUAAAGUCUUGUAAAGUCUAUACAGAUAAGUUCUAUAGAUUGAAUAAGAAAAAAUGGCUUUUAGAAUGGAUGAGAAAAACUAAUUUAUAAGCGUCUGGAGGAAGGUCUGUGGCAGAAUCAGCUCUAACCACACAGAUAGAACAAACGUCAGCAGGCUUAAAAUCCACUCCAAGCUUCUGGACAGAAAACAGGCUUUGCAUUCCUUCGCCUUGAAGAAAGAACCCUGUAUGCUUUAAAUUCCAGGUUCCUCAAGUGAAUGUGUGCAUGCAAAGACCUCGGUGCCCCACACAUGUUCCCACAAAGGUCAUUUUUUACUUUCCUGGUUUCUGCAGUUACUCCAGGCUAUGUAAAAAUGUAAGAGGAUUUAGAGGUAGGAGCCUCAGAUGACAAAGGCAUGUGGUGUUUGUCUUUAUGGAUCCGGACUAUCUCACUCCAUAUGAUCUCUUCUAGUUCCAUCUAUUGACCCGUGACGUUUAUUUUCUGUAUAGCUGCAGAGUGUUCCAUAGUGUCUACGGACCACAUUUUCAUUAUUGCUUUGUCAAUGGAAGGAUAUUCGUGUCAUUUCCAUUUCCUAGAUCUUAUGAUUAGAACAGCAGUGAACAUGGUUAAUCAGCUAUCUUGGAUUGAAUGUCAGUUGCAAUAAAUAGUACAAAGAGUAGUAUAGUUGGGGCAUAUAGAUUUAUCUUUAGCUUUUUGGAAAUUGUCUGUAGAUGGACACUUCCUGUCCUGACCAUCCACUCCCUGUCCUGAUAGCUGCUUUCAAAUUACCACACAGAGACUUCAUAUUAUUUGUAAAUGCUGAACUGAUAGCUCAGGCUUAUUAAUAACUAGCUUUUAGAUUUAAAUUAACCCAUUUUUAUUAAUCUAUGUUUUACCAUGUGGCUCAUGGCUUCACCUGUCCUCUAGCAUGUCUUGCUUCCUGGGCAGCUCACUGGCGGAUCCCCUGACUCCGCCCUCCUUCCCAUCAUUCAGUUUGGCUUUCCUGGCUAACUUCCUGUUCGGCUACCGGCCUGUAAUAAAUAUUCAAAGUGUAGAAAGGGAUUGUUCCACAGCAAUUCUCUUUCCUGAUUUCCAGAGUGGCUAACAGUUUGCAAUCCCACCAAUAGUGGAUAAAGUUCCCUUCUCCCCACACCCUCUCCAGAAUUAUUUGUUAGUUGUUUUGUUGAUCUUUUGCCAUUCUGACUGGGGUAAGAGGAAAUCUCAAAGUUGUUUAGAUGAACAGUUUUUGAGAAAAUUCUCUGACAUUUUCAUCCUCUUUUGAGAACUCUCUGUUCAGGUCCCAGGCUCAUUUUGUAAAUAGGUCCUUUGUUUAGUUGUUUUGGACUCUUUUUUGUUUGAGUUCUUUGAAUUCUGGAGUUUACUUUGUCUGUCAGAUAUAUAGGUGGCAAAGGUUCUCUUCUAUUCUGUGGCUUUUUCUUCACCUGAUUGAUUGUUUUUUUAGCUGUACCUAACUUUUUAGUUUUAUGAAAUCGCACUAAUCAAUUUUUGGCCUUAAUUCUAAGGCAAAUCAAGUCCUAUUCAUAAAGUCCUUUCCUGUACCUAUUUCAGGUGUGAUGCUGCCUAUGCUUCCUCCUGUCAGUUUCAGUGUUCAGGUUUUCACCCUUUAGUUCUUUGAUCAGUUUACUGUUAGUUUUUCUAUAUAGUGAUAGAUCCAAAUCUAAUUUCAGUCUUCUUCCAGUGGACAUCCAUUUUCUCAGAAACGUUGGUUGAAGAUGCUUUCUUUUCUCCACUGGAUAUUGUUGGCAUCUUUGUAAAAUUUAAAUGGCUGAAGCUAUUUAUGCUCAUGUUUAGGAUUUUUAUUUUGUUCUUUUCACCUGGUCUACAUAUCUGUUUGUUGUGAUGCCCCCCCUUUUUUAUUACUAAGACUGUGUAAUAUAUCUGGAGGUCCAGAGUGGUCCUCCUUCUAACACUGUUCUUUUUCUCAUGGUUAUUUUGGCUAUGGCUAUGUGGGCAUCUUUUAUUAUUCUUUAUGAACUUUUGAUAGUGUUCAGUUUUGUGAAGAAUGAGAUGUGGAAUUUAACUGGGAUUGCUUUGAAUCUAUAAAUGGAUUUUGGUAAAGUGGUUUUUUUUCACAAUAUUAAUUCUACCAAUACAUGAGCAUUGAAUGUUUAUUUUCUAAUGUCUUUAUCACUUUCUUCAUUUGUUUAAAGUCUCUCUUUCAAAGGGCCUUGACCUCCUAGUUUCAUUACUGUCAACUUUCACUGACCUAUACAGAUCUGUGUCUGUAAGACCUGGCAUCUGAGGACCUGAAAUAAUGGGAUAGACUACAGCUGUAGAUUAAUGCUGUAGACGACCUUACUUCAGUUUCAGUGUACUUUAUACAUGAAUGUAACAAAACAAUGAUCCAAGGAAGGUUGUUUGAGUUUAGUUGAACAUGAUCAGAAAAACAUGUAAAUAAAUGGGAAAAAGAAUAUACUAAAUAAUUCUAAAUACCAACAGAGCAGCCCUUUCCCAGAACUUUCUCAGGACAGACCAAUUUUAACACAAUUGACUGGCACAUACUAUAGAUUCUAUUUGAGAAAGCACAGAACAAGGUGGAAAACUAUAUCCAGAUUCAGAGUAUAUUUACCAGAUUGGGUUCUAUAGUAAUGUUCUGACAUCCAACAAGAACAAGCAUAUUUUAAAUUAAAUUUAAAUGUUUGUCAUGGGAGACAAAAAAAGUCACAUCCAAGAACAAUCCAAGGAUCAGAAUGCACCGGAGAAAAAAGGCCCUCUGCCCUUCUUCCUAGAGCUUCUCACAUAGUUCCCCCAAGGCAUUACUCACGAUACCUUAUUCUUUUGACUGUUCUGACACAGUCCCAUAUAUUUUAUGCUUUUUGAGGCUAUUGUGAAUGGGUAUGUGUCCAUGAUCUCUUUUCUCUGGAUGUUUAUUGCUCAUAUAUAGAACUAUUGAUUUGUGCAAAUUGAUUCUAUAUCAUGCCACAAUCCUGCAUUGGUUUAUAUUUCUAGUCAUUUUCUAGUAGAACUUUAGGGAUCAUUCAUGCAUAUCAUGUCAUCUGCAAAUUGGCAUGGUUUGAUUUCAUUUUUCCUAAGUGUAACUCUCAUCUUUAAUGUGGGAUACUAUUCGGCUACAUAAAAGGAUGUAAUAUGGUCAUUUGUGACAAUAUGGAUAAUGUUAGAUUUCUGAAUACAGAGUAAAGAGACAAAAGGCAGGAAAGAAGCUGACAACAGAGGUGUAGCUAGAGAGUUUUUCUCUCCGGGUCCCACCAAGCCCCAGCAGUCCGACAGCCCACUUAUAAAAUAAACACACAGAUGCUUAUACUAUUUAAACUGUUUGGCCUAAUGGCUCAGGCUUCUUAUUAACUGUUCUUAUAUCUUAAAUUAACUCAUUUCCAUUAGUCUAUAAGUUUCCACGUGGCUCGUGUCUUACCGGUACCUUACAUGUUGCUUGUCAAGGUGGUGGCUGGCAGUGUUUCUGCCUCAGCCUUCCACUUCCCAAAAUUCUCUUCUCUGCUUGCCCCACCUAUACUUCCUGCCUGGCUGCUGGCCAAUCAGUGUUUUAUUUAUUAAGCAAUCAGAGCAACACAUUUGACAUACAGAACAUCCCACAGCACAGCAGAGACUGUUAAUUUGUACUCACAGAGAGGGACGUGAACUCUCAUCAAGUCCCACAUUAUGUGUGACUGUGAUUGUGCUAUCAGACUUACUUACCUAUAUCAGAAGCACAUCUAGCUCUGAUCGCUAGCACUGAUCAACUGUACUUGGAGGUAAAACAGGAUUCCUAUGAGAUUAUGGGUGUCAUUGAUCUCAGUCAUCCUAGAAAAAAAAAUGCCUUUUGGGUCAGCCUGUCUCAACAUUGGGAAACAGUGUGAUAGAGAAUGUGGAGAGAAAAGUGGGCUUUUUUUUUGUUUUGUUUUUUUCGAGACAGGGUUUCUCUGUGUAGCUUUGCACCUUUCCUGGAACUCACUCUGUAGGCCAGGCUGGCCUUGAACUCACAGAUAUCCUCCUGGCUCUGCCUCCUGAGUGCUGGGAUUAAAGGUAUGUGCCACCACCACCCAGUGAGAAAGGUGGGCUUUAUGUCAUAACAGUUUCCUUGUUCCCUGGCCCCUCAUUGUACCCCUAUAAAGGUUAUAGCCAUAUUUUCCCUUGGUAGAACCCUCAGUUUCCUAGGGGAUUGAGACUGCUCCUCACUGUGCGAGCUAAUGAACAAAGUCCUGUUUGUUGAAGUUCAGACUCCUGUCCCUUUUCUGUCUUCUGUCUCUUUAUGCUGUCUCAGAAAUGUAGCACUGUCAGUCAGAUGUUGAAUCUAAAGAAUUUUCAAUCAAGAGAGAGAUGUGAUUUUUUAUUCCAUUAGCUGGUGACAUCAGGAAGAAGAGGUCUGGAGAACCAUGGAUCAAUGGAUGUUCUUGUUUACUUAGAUAACAGGAAGGAAUGUUAAGGUACUGUGGCUGACCUGAACCUACAGAAACAAGGAUUCCAAAUGGAUAGGUAUGGAGUGGGAAGACCAGGGAUGAGAAGUGAAGAAGAAAAAGACAUAAAGAUGACAAAAGAAAUAGUUGGUACCACACAGUUUUAUAUUAACUGAAAACUCAAAGGCAAGGAAGUUUAUUAAGAAAUACAGCAUGCUAUAUAGUAUUACCAGGUGGUAAAUGGUCAAGGUCAGCAGAGACUUAAUCAUACAAUGUUGGUGAUGAGAACACAGGAUACCUUAGGAACAGCUGCCUUAGGACUGAUAACCCCAGUCUCGAGAGAAGAGUUAGAUCCCCCAGUAACUGCCACAUUGCCUCCUUCAUGGCACUGGAUCCUGUGUCAGACUGGCCUGGCCCAAGGACACUGUUGAACAGGAACAGAGAACUAUAGUUCCCAUUGUCCUCUCAUAGGUGCCUCUGAAAAAGCCUUGAGUCAAUGUAAGUUGUCACAUUGAAUACACGUAUUUCUAAAUUUCCUAAUUAUAAAUUUAUUAAAUUGCUUGUUAUUCAAUUUUGUCUGUGAGUUCUUCAUUUAUUCCUCUGCCCCUUGGCUGAUCACGUCCCUUGGUGCACUGUCAUUUGCAUCAUUCUCCACAUGCUCAGGAUCCCAGGCCUCACCCCAGAGUUGCUGCAUCAGAUCUACACCGUCACUGUAUUUCUCAUUCAUGAUUGUGUAGAAUAUGUUGAGAAAUAUCUUCUCCAUCAGCACAGCUCUCUAUUGUGAGAGAUGUGUAUAAUGUGUGCUGUAUUAUAAUACAAACAUGGGACACUAAAUGCAUAUUUUUUUCUAAACUUUAGUAUUUAUUCAUUCAUUUCCAGUGUAGGCGUGUUUUGCUAGUGUGCAUGUCUAAGAGAUUGUCUGAGCCUCUCGAGUGGAGUUACAGACAGUUGUGAGGAGCCAUAUUGCUUCUGGGAAUCAAACUCGGGUCCUUUGGAGGAGCAGCCAGUCCUCAUAAUUACUGAGCCCCCUCUCUCGACCCAUCAUACUGAUUCAUAGAUACACGCACUCUCUGUUUUAUGGUUCUUAAAAGUAUAAUAUUCAUAGGAGUUUCUAGGACAUUCUGCUAUUCACUUUGUUUAAAGAUCAGUUCCAUGUAACAUCACAAUACUAUAUCAGACUUAUUUUAGGGGUAUUGCUUACAUAUAUUAACAGUGCUUCUAGCUAUCCUGUCAUUCUUGAUGACGUUUAGAUUUGUAUGUAGAAGCAGGUGAUACCUCAUGUUAUUUAUAUAUUAUUGACAGUUUUAAUGAAUACAAUGUGUGGUAUUCAUUCACUGUUCUUUAUUUCAGGAUGUCCUGUCAUUCUGGGAUGUAGCCAUUUAUUUCUCUGCAGAAGAGUGGGAAUGCCUGGGCCCUGCUCAGUGGAAUCUGUACAGGGAUGUGAUAGUGGAGAAUUACAACAAUCUGGUGUUCCUGGGUCUUGCUUCAUCAAAGCCAUACCUAGUGACAUUUCUGGAGCAAAAACAAGAGCCUUCAGAUGUGAAGAGACAAGCAGCUGCCACCAUGCACCCAGGAAAAGAACAAUACACAGACAAAGAAUGUGAUAAAACCUUUCAUUGGAACUCACAACUUACUAACAAUCAGAGGAUUCAUUUAAGAAUGAAGCCCUAUAAGUGUGAAGAAUGUGGCAAGUCUUUUUGUUUCCCUUCACUGCUUUCUAUACACAAGAGAAUUCAUACAGGAGAGAAACCCUUCAAGUGUGAAGUCUGUGGCAAGGCCUUCCAUUCUCCAUCAUUGUUUUCUGUACACAAGAGAAUUCAUACAGGUGAAAAACGCUAUAAGUGUGAAAUAUGUAACAAGGCCUUCCAUUGCCCAUCAUUACUUUCUGUACACAAGAACAUUCACACAGGUGAGAAACCCUACACAUGUGAAGUAUGUGGCAAGGCCUUCCAUUGUCCAUCUGUGCUUUCUAGACACAAAAGACUCCAUACAGGGGGAAAACCCUAUAAGUGUGAAGUAUGUGACAAGGCCUUCCAUUGUCCGUCAGUACUGUCUGACCACAAGAAUAUUCACACGGGUGAGAAACCCUACAAGUGUGAAGUGUGUGGCAAGGCCUUCCAUGCUCCCCCUUUACUUUCUGCUCACAAGAGAAUUCACACAGGAGAGAAACCUUACAAGUGUGAAGUGUGUGGCAAGGCCUUUCAUACCCCAUCACUACGUUCUGUACAUAAGAGAAUUCAUACAGGGAAGAAAGCCUACAAGUGUGAAGUAUGUAGUGAGGUCUUUAGCACUUCCUGGCAGAUUUCCAGUCACUUGGUAAUCCACUCUGGAGAGAAACCGUAUAAGUGUGAGCAUUGUGGAAAGGCCUUCUCUACAAAGUCAUACCUAACUAAGCACAAAUUACUUCACAAGAUGGAGAAACUUUAUAGAUGUGAAGAAUGUGGCAAACAGCUCAACAGUUCUAGAAGCCUUCAAGAGCAUCAAAGAAUUCAUUCUGGAGAGAAACCCUACAAGUGUGAAGAAUGUGGCAAAGACUUCAGAACUUACACAGCACGUUCUAGACAUCGGACAGUUCAUAUUGGAGAGAAAUGUUACAAGUGUGGAGAAUGUGGCAAAACCUUUUACCAGUCUUCUGGUCUUAAGCAACACCAAAGAAAUCAUCUGUAAGAGAAAGCACACUGAUGUGAAGAAUGUGCCAAGGCUGUUUGGAUGUACAAAGAACUUUUAAAACACCUGAAAUCCAUAUUGGAGAGAAAUGCCACAGUUGUGAAAAAUAUUGCUAACUGUUUAAUAAGCUUUCUAGUAUUUCUCAGCACAAGACAGUUCAAACUGGAGUUGACUAGUACGAAUUUUCAUGUGUUCAUAAAAUGUUUUACACUUCUUCAGACUGUAAAAGGUAUCAAAUUUUUCAUUUUAAAUAGAAGCCUUAAGAGUAGGGAAAGUGAUAAACUUACCUAGCACAAAAGAAGCAGAGUGGAAGGCGGCCAUACACAUGUAAAGAAUGUAGUGAGUUUUCCACUGAAUGAAUGCUUUCUGACCUCUAUUGAAUUUAUCCUGAAGAGAAACACUACAAUUGUGAAAGGUACAACGAUGCUUUUGAAGGCUCCUCAUAAACAAAAAAGAAGUUCUCAUACUUAGCAUCACCCCUACAACUGUGAAGAGUCAUCAUUCUGUGUUGCCGGGGAGCUUCUCUCCAGGCUCCACCAAGCCCCGCAGUCCCACAAUCCACGUAUAAAAUAAUUACUCAGACACUUAUAUUACUUAUAAACUGUAUGGCCGUGGCAGGCUUCUUUCUAACUGGUCUUAUAUCUUAAAUUAACCCAUUUCUAUAAAUCUAUACCUUGCCACGUAGCUCGUGGCUUCCCAGCAUCUUUACAUGCUGCUUGUCCUGGCGGUGGCUGCAGUGUCUCUCCGCCUCAGCCUUCCACUUCCCAGAAUUCUCCUCUCUCCUUGUCCCACCUACUUCCUCCCUGGCCACUGGCCAAUCAGUGUUUUAUUUAUUGACCAAUCAGAGCAAUUUGACAUACAGACCAUCCCACAGCAAUUCCGACCUUGCUAUACAAGAGUCUCUGCAAACAUAGAGUAUGCCCAGGCCUUUAGUGGUUCUUUAUGACUGUUUCCCCAUCAUAGAAUUCCUAUUGGUAUAGUGCACUACAAAUGCUAAGAUUAUGGCAAGGCCUUUAUCUGACUUCCAUAUCAGAAAUAUCCUCUGAGACUUUUUACUAGUAAAAAAGUCUACACAUCCAAAACCGUGGGAAAUCCUUCAAUAAUAUCACUAAUCAUAAACACAAAACUCCACAUAUCCAAAUAAUGUGAAAAAGCCUUCAAUGAUAUCACCAAUCAACACAAAAGUCUAUACAUCCAAAUAAUUUGAAAACACUUAUGUAAUGUUUUUAAUCUUCAUUAACACCAAAGAAUAUUCACUGGUGAGAUGUUCUACAAAUGCAGAUGUCUUGUUUCUUUCUGCUCUCAACUCCACACAGACAAACAAUAUGUAAUGGAGUCUCAAUUGAGUGAAUGCCUGGAUCUGAUUGACCCUUGGGCAUGUCUGUGGGUCUUUUUCAUGAAUUCUAUUUGACAUAAGAGAAUCUGGACCACUGGAUGAUGGCAGUGCACCUUGUGUAUGCCACUCUUGGUGACUUAGUCUUGGGUGUGUAAGAAGAAAACGUAAAGUAACCAUUCCUCCAUGGUUUCUACUUUCACCUACUGCCUCUGUAUUUUAGCUGUGUUCUCCUGCCCUGCCUUCCAUGGAUCAUGAAAUAUAGCCAGUGAACUGAAAUAACCCCCUUUCUCCCCUAAGUAGUUUUUGGUCAUGGUGUUAAUCACACCAACAGAAAUAAAACUAAGUAAACAAUAUGUGACAGCUUUCUACUCUGCUUUAUACAUUAGUUAUCAACCAGAGCCUUCAUAAUUGAGACAAUGUCACAAAGCUUUAUGAUUUAAUCAACCUUAACUACACUAGAGCAUUCAUAGUGUAAAAAUGCCAUGCUGUUACACAGAAUAUUAUAAAGAUUUUACUGUGGGUUUUUUUUUUUUUUUGGUUUUUUGAGACAGGGUUUCUCUGUGUAGCUUUGCGCCUUUCCUGGAACUCACUUGGUAGCCCAGGCUGGCCUCAAACUCACAGAGAUCCGCCUGGCUCUGCCUCCCAAGUGCUGGGAUUAAAGGCGUGCGCCACCACCGCCCGGCGAUUUUACUGGUUUUUAUCAACAUUUGAACACCACAAAGGUCAAACUGCAGAGGAAUCCUGUGAAAAGAAAUGAAACUCAAUUUAAGAAAAUCUACUACAAACUCCAAUGAUCGGUUAUUUGACAUAACUUCACAUCAGGAAAUUUGGUUACUGAGAAGCCCUACAAAUACAAAUGAUGUGGAAAGCUUUUGAUUUAAACUCCAUUCUGACUAACUAUGAGUGAAUUCACAUUAUGUAGAAACCCUACAUGUGACUCUGGCAGUAACUGUGUACAACAUAUAAACCUCAUGAGAGUUAUAGCAGAAAAUAUUGGAUGAAGGCAAAAAGCAUAGCACAGUCCUUUAUCCUCCCUUAAAAAGUAAUGACUAGAGGGGAAUUAGUGUAAGAGAUCAAUACUGUUAAUAAGGAAUGUUGAAAAAUGUGGGUAUUGCUUGGAAUUAAAGUGACAGUGCUGUUUGAUAUGCUGAAAAAAAUAACUCAUUAGUGUCAGAAUCAUGCAGAUCACUCAAGAUAGGAUAUCAAUUAGACUUGUAAACUUAAACAAAGCUAACCUUUCUGUUAUUCAAUCACACGACUAUGGAAAGGUCACUUUUUUUUUUUUUUGCUUUUUUUGGGGGCGCGAGGGUGGGGGGUGGGGGAGAUUGUUGCCUGUUUGUUUUUGUUUCUCUGUGUUACAGCCUAGCUGUCCUCUACCUCUCUUUGUAGACCAGGCUGGAUUCGAACUCCCAGAGAUCCACCUGCCUCUGCCUCUAGAGCACUGGGAUUAAAGGCAUGUGCCACCACGCUCAGCUGUUGUUUGUUUUUAAAUGCUGUAAAACCAAAUGAUUACAUUGUCCAGGAUAUUGGAGAUUCCAAGAGUAUGAAGGAAGGUAGUACACAACCUGCUAUGGAAAGCUACAAGCAAUGAGUGGAGCAUGCCGAGGCAAGAGGCUAUGUGACUUUCAGGCAAAACUGAAAGCGUGGGGCACAUAAGUCCUUUGAAGUCAACACCAGUGCAGCAGUUUCAGAGAGCUGUCACAUUAUGUAUUUGCCCUUCUGAAUUUUGGGCUGAUCCUUGCUGUGUGGCAUAUCUUCCAUUUUAGAAUCAGAAUGUUUGUUCUGUAUCAGUACAUGAUGGAAGUGGUCAGUUUUUAUCUUGUAGGACCUCACAGAUAAGAAACUGCCUUGAAUCUCAGAUUGGAUAUGGACUGGGAUCUUUUAUACUCUUGAAGUUGUUAAGUACUUUAUGGACCUUUCAAAUUGGAUUCUAAUUUAUGGAUCAAAUGAUAAAUAUUUGGGUUGAAUGAAAUAUUAUGAUUUAAAGUUAUGUAACUGGAGUAAUCAUGAUGUCUUUGAAAAGAAAUUUAAUGGCCAGCAAUACCCACAACCAUAUUUGUAUUCAUAAUAAAAAGAAGGAAUUACCUCUAAA